CCGACUUCAUCCCAAAGCUGCCGACAGGUUCAGCAGAAUAUUUUAUCCUUCAUCACACCAGUACACAUAUUCGCAUCAUGGCUGAAGGCGCUGGAGGAAUUGACCGCAAGGCGGAUGAGAGGAUGGAAUUCUCCACCUCCAAAGAAGUGACGGUGCAUCCGACCUUUGAAGCAAUGUCGCUGAAAGAGAACCUUCUUCGCGGCAUUUACGCUUACGGCUACGAAUCACCAUCCGCCGUUCAGUCGCGAGCCAUUGUCCAGAUCUGCAAGGGACGCGACACAAUCGCACAGGCCCAGUCUGGUACCGGCAAAACGGCCACCUUCUCGAUUAGCAUGCUGCAAGUUAUUGACACGGCCGUGCGCGAGACUCAAGCCCUUGUUCUGUCCCCCACUCGAGAAUUGGCCACCCAGAUCCAAUCGGUCGUCAUGGCUCUGGGCGAUUACAUGAAUGUGCAAUGCCACGCCUGUAUCGGAGGCACCAACGUUGGAGAGGAUAUUCGAAAGCUGGAUUACGGCCAGCACAUUGUAUCAGGCACACCUGGACGAGUUGCGGAUAUGAUUCGACGACGCCAUCUUAGAACGAGGCACAUCAAGAUGUUGAUCCUGGAUGAAGCAGACGAGCUCCUUAACAAGGGAUUCCGAGAGCAAAUUUAUGAUGUCUACCGUUAUCUACCACCAGCGACUCAGGUUGUGGUCGUCAGUGCCACCCUCCCCUACGAUGUCCUCGACAUGACCACCAAGUUCAUGACCGACCCCGUCCGAAUUCUCGUCAAGCGAGACGAACUUACGCUUGAAGGUUUGAAGCAAUAUUUUAUCGCUGUGGAGAAGGAAGACUGGAAAUUCGAUACGCUGUGUGAUCUUUACGAUACGCUCACCAUUACCCAAGCCGUCAUCUUCUGCAACACUCGCCGGAAGGUCGACUGGCUCACGGACAAGAUGCGCGAGGCAAACUUUACUGUUAGCUCCAUGCAUGGUGAUAUGCCUCAAAAGGAGCGUGAUAGCAUCAUGCAAGAUUUCAGACAGGGUAACAGCCGAGUGCUCAUCUCGACAGAUGUCUGGGCACGUGGUAUCGACGUUCAGCAAGUCAGUCUAGUUAUCAACUACGACUUGCCUAGUAACCGAGAGAACUAUAUCCACCGAAUUGGCCGUAGCGGACGGUUUGGUCGCAAGGGUGUAGCCAUCAACUUUGUGACGACAGAGGACGUACGCAUCCUCCGAGACAUUGAGUUGUACUACUCAACUCAAAUUGACGAGAUGCCGAUGAACGUCGCAGAUCUCAUUGCGUAAUCCACUCUCCUUGUCACACAGGAAAGAUGCAUAAGGGAAAAGUAUAACUGCGGGCGCAACGUAAUUGGGGCAAAUGCAGAGCCGAGGAUUAGGGGCAUGCCCGGCUCUUUAAUUGUGGAGGAAAGGGGUAGCAAGUUUAAUCAG